ACGUCAUCAACACUCGCCUGAGCGCCUUUCCUGCGACGCGGGGACGGAAGAAAACAAACCCAUCGCGAACUGGGAAGGAAAAGAACAACUCGUACUGGAGGAACUGGUUUUUAAAGCCCUGACUCUCUGUGCUGUGACGGAGCAGAACAUCUGGAGGAGACGCGUCACGUGACAACAGCUGGAUAGUGAAGCUAACACUCGCCGAGCAGCGGAACUUGGGACAAACAAAGAUGGAGGAGUUCACGCUGAUAAAAUCCAAACACGACCAUUGUUAUUUUUUUAAUUCAAACAUCUGAUUCGAACAUCUCUGCUGCUGUAACCCCCCCGCCCCCCAACAAAUUUCAAUGAAGAUAACAUUAAAUGAAUCAGAAAUACACUCUAUACAUUAUUAAUGUGGUAAAUGAUUAUUCUAGGUGGAAAAGCCUGGUUUUAAAUUAAAUAUCUACAUAGUUGUAUAGAGUCCCAUUUCCAGCCACUAUCCCUCCGGGGUUCAAAUGGUACAUUGUGUUUGCUAAUCGCCUUAGAAGACUAAUGGAUGAUUAGAAAACCAUUGUGCAGUUAUGUGAGCACAGCUGAAAACUGUUUAGCUGGUGAGAGAAGCUAUAGAACCGGCCUUCCUUUGAGCUAGUUGAGUAUCUGGAGCAUCACAUCUGUGGGUUCCAUUAUCCUCUCAAAAUGGCCAGAAAAGGAGAACUUUCAUGUGAAACUCGCCAGACUAUUCUUGUUCUUAGAAAUGAAGGCUGUUCCAUGCGAGCAAUUGCGAAGAAAUUGAAAAUGUCCUACAACGGUGUGUACUACACCCUUCAGAGAACAGCACAGACGGGCUCUACCCAGAGUAGAAAGAGAAGUGGGAGGCCCCGGUGCACAACUCAGCAGGAAGACAAGUAUAUUAAACUAGUCGCUAGUUUGAGUAAUAGACGCCUCACAGGUCCUCAACUGGAAGCUUCUUUAAAUGGUACCCGCAAAACGCCAGUGUCCACGUCUACAGUGAGGAGGCGACUCCGGGAUGCUGGCCUUCUAGCUUCUGGUCAUUCCUCCUCCGAUGAGCCGCUCAACAAGAAGAAAACAAACCUGGCGGCUGAAAAACCUGUGAUAAAAGCAAACGCAUCCAGAUCUCAAAGCACAAAAAAGAAAGCAGAUCUGGAGCCUCUCAUUAAAAUCGCCAAAACUGUGAAGAAGCCUUUCUCAGCACCUCCUAAAAAAUCUGUUGCUACAGAGAAGAAAGCUUCGGAUCCCUCCUCAGGUGACGAGCCGCUGAUCAGGAGGAAAACAAAGAAACCAGGGAAAAAAGAAAACAUUUGUGGGAUCGAUUAUCCUCUCAAAAGGGCCAGAAAAGGAGAACUUUCAUGUGAAACUCGCCAGACUAUUCUUGUUCUUAGAAAUGAAGGCUGUUCGAUGCGAGCAAUUGCGAAGAAACUGAAAAUGUCCUACAACGGUGUGUACUACACCCUUCAGAGAACAGCACAGACAGGCUCUACCCAGAGUAGAAAGAGAAGUGGGAGGCCCCGGUGCACAACUCAGCAAGAAGACAAGUACAUUAGAGUCUUUAGUUUGAGUAAUAGACGCCUCACAGGUCCUCAACUGGCAGCUUCUUUAAACGGUACCCGCAAAACGCCAGUGUCCACGUCUACAGUGAAGAGGCGACUCCGGGAUGCUGGCCUUCUAGCUUCUGAUCACUCCUCCGACGAUGAGCCGCUCAACAAGAAGAAAACAAACCUGGCGGCUGAAAAACCUGUGAAAGAAGCAAACGCAUCCAGAUCUCAAAGCACAAAAAAGAAAGCAGAACUGAUAAGCCUUGUGAAGAAGAACCACACAGACGAAGAGAGGAAAACCAAAACAAAAUCUAAGACCCAGAGGAACACAAAGAAGACGAGUGUGUCAGGGUCAUCAAGUGACGGUUCUGACGACGACACAAUCACAGCAGCUAAACACCCUGAGGUGACCAAACCCCUGAAAAUAAUACUGGAGAGGUGUGACGGUGACAACACUGGAUUUAAGUUUAUUUAAGUUAUUUUAUGAAAUGCACUUUAAUGGUGUUUUACUAUUUGUGCCUUUUUAUUUUUGCAAUGACUGUUUCCUCUGGUUUUAACACUUGUUGAUGUUCGGUAUAUUUUCUGCUUUCAUAUUAUGUGUACACUCGGCAUGAGGCAGUGGAAAUCUGUAACAGUGGAUUAAACUGCUCAGAUGAA